CCGCCCAGCGCCGAGCUCCCGGUCCCCGGGCCGGCUGCCCGCGGCGCUCGGUGCCGGCUGGGCGCGCAGGGGGCGGGGGCCGCGGCUCGCCCCCCGCGGAUGAGCCGCCGCGGAGCGCGGGCGGACGAUGGAACUCCACAUCCUGGAGCACCGGCUGCAAGUUGCCAGCGUCGCCAAGGAGAGUAUCCCGCUCUUCACCUACGGCCUGAUCAAACUUGCCUUCCUGUCCUCCAAGACCAGGUGCAAGUUCUUCAGUUUGACCGAGACGCCAGAGGAUUAUACCAUCAUCGUUGAUGAGGAGGGCUUCCUGGAGCUGCCCUCCUCGGAACACCUGAGCGUGGCCGACGCCACCUGGCUGGCCCUCAACGUGGUGUCGGGCGGCGGCAGCUUCUCCAGCUCCCAGCCCAUCGGGGUGACCAAGAUCGCCAAGUCGGUCAUUGCCCCACUGGCCGAUCAGAACAUCUCUGUGUUCAUGCUGUCCACCUACCAGACGGACUUCAUCCUGGUGCGUGAGCGGGACCUGCCCUUUGUCACCCACACCUUGUCAUCAGAGUUCACCAUCCUGCGGGUCGUCAAUGGCGAGACAGUGGCAGCCGAGAACCUCGGCAUCACCAACGGCUUCGUGAAGCCCAAGAUGGUCCAGAGGCCCGUCAUCCACCCGCUGUCCAGUCCGAGCAACAGGUUCUGCGUCACCAGCCUGGACCCUGACACGCUGCCCGCUGUCGCCACACUCCUCAUGGACGUCAUGUUCUACUCCAACGGAGUGAAGGACCCCACGGCGGCCGGCGAUGACUGCGGCCACAUCCGCUUCUUCUCCUUCUCCCUCAUCGAGGGCUACAUCUCCCUGGUGAUGGACGUGCAGACCCAGCAGAGGUUUCCUAGUAAUUUGUUGUUCACGAGCGCGUCUGGAGAGCUCUGGAAGAUGGUGCGGAUUGGAGGACAGCCCCUAGGAUUUGAUGAGUGCGGCAUCGUGGCCCAGAUCUCCGAGCCCUUGGCUGCUGCAGACAUCCCCGCCUACUACAUCAGUACCUUCAAGUUCGACCAUGCCCUGGUACCGGAAGAAAACAUCCACGGCGUCAUCAGCGCCCUGAAAGUCAGCCAAGCAGAGAAGCAUUAGAAGGACCUCUUCCGCUCCUUCCUGUCUGCCCCCCAGACCUGGGCCCGGCCCCACCCUGAAGACUCUUCUUGCAGUAUUUCUCAGCAGACUGGAAGACCGGCCCCGGGGCCCCCAAAGAAGGGGUGUCUAGGACACGUGCCCUGUGGCUGACCCCACCAGGCCUGGGGCCCGAGCCAAGGCCUCCCCGUGCCCUCCUGCCUUCCUGGAGCCCGCGGACCCUCCGGAGAACCGCUCUCUUCCUCCCCCCACCCCCACCCCGGAAAAUGAUGUCUGAGGCCCAGGGAGCUUCUCAGCUGGCCCACCUUCCCGUCGGCGGCCUCACCCACGUCCAGGGGCAGACGCCGAAGGAAGCGGGCACCUCCUGCAGGGCUCUGGGGUACCGAUGCUCGGGUCGUCUUGGGGGGCGGGCCGAGCGGGGCUGAGUUCACGGGCCCGGGAAGGCCCUCCUGAGGGCAGAGAUUCUGGAUCCUGUGGUCGCCGGUCUCUGGUUCCAUCAGCUCUGGGCUGGUUCCUGCAGAGUGGAGGCCAGCGGGUGGCCCUCUGGUCACGUGCUGAUGAGGCUCCGGAGGAGCGCCGGCGGGACCCUGAGCCGGGAGGUUGACCCCAGCUAUCCAGAACCUUGCCUGCCAACCACAGGGCCUGCGCCCCGACUCCCAGCAAGACUGCCAAGGGGGCCGUGUCCAGACCCUCCCCACCACAAGCGCUCUGUCCUGGGGGGAGGGGGAUCCCCAGGAGACCUACCAGCCUGGCGCACAAGCUCCUGUCCCCUCUGCUUUCCCUGGACCCUCCUGGGGCUGGCAGAGCCUCCAUUUCCCCCAAACAGGGGCAUCCCCAACGUUCUGGGCCUGAGGUUUCUUAGGUCACCCCUGCCUCCCCAGCAGUGGACUAGACCAGCACAGGGCUUCCCCAUCGUCCUGCACCCCCGCAGCCCUGCUUUUGGGGCAACAUGGAAGGCCUCUGUCCCCAGCUCACCUGCCCGCCCACCCCUGGCCCAGGGACCGUGGCGUUCAUGAGUACUUGACCUGGGAGGCAGCUUAACUGAGCCUUAAUAGAGAAAACCGUACCUUGUUGUAAUUUCUUAUUUAAUGUAUUUGCACCCAGGCUGCAGUUGGCGGUAGUUUCAGGGGACGGGGCCUGCUGGGUCUGUCAGGGCCCAGCGCGAGACAUUGCUUGGCGUCCUGUGGCUCCAGGGACAAGCAUGAGAAUCGGGAGCUGCUCCCAGGGGUCUCGGCCCUCCCUUCAGAGCAGGAAGCUGGGAGCAGAGUUCUGUUACGAUACAGGGGUCCCCGGGGCACCCGCCACGGGGCUGCCAAGGCAGAGUGGUUCUGAGAUCAGAGGGGACCCAAGGGCCGUGGGGAGGUGGACAGCCAGCUGGCAGGCCAGCCUCGUGGGAAAUGAGGUGACACCGCCCACCCCCACCCCCGCCCCGUGCCUCCUCUCUAGCUGGGGGUGUUUCCCGAGCAAGCAGGACCUGCAGGGCCCACCUCGGUGCCUGGGCAGCAGCUGACACAUGCUGUCCCUGAGAAGCUCAGAGGAGAAGGGGCAUUCUCUGGGGCUGCUGAAGCCCACCUGCCCCCCUUCUCUGAGCCGCGUGGGACCCUCUGAGCCCUGAAAGCCCACCAGGUGGGGGAGCCGUGCACCUGGAUCCUUGCAGGUGUUCAGGACCCCAGCACUGAUUCGGAACCCAUGGCUUUUUUGGUUUUUUUGUUCUUUUUAAGCUAAUUCAUUCUGCACAAAACUCCAAAACAUGUCAGUUGUUUGCUGGUUCCAAAAACGGGGGUGUCCGCGUGGACAGGGCAGCACUCCACACCCCAAGUCCCCUUUGUGUCCUUGGAAGGCCUUGAUUUUUGCGUGGCACGCCCUCCAGACCCUUUCCUGUGUUUCCCCCUCCCCGUGUCGCUCCCCCGCCUCUCCUUCCCGCCGAGCAAGUGUGUCGGCCCUGUGACCCCCACAAACGUGUGUUCCCCAGACCCCCUAGGACGUGUAUUGUACACACAUAUAAAUAUCUGUGUUUUAUGUUGAUAUAGAUAUAUACUGUAAAUAGCAUAUAUACUUGAGCAAUAUAUAUGUUAAUAUAUACUGUGUGAGCGUGCACACGCGUGUGUGCGUGUGUGUGUGGGCGUGAGGGCGUCUGCCCUGCGGUGUCUGCCGUGCACACAGGCACGUUUUGAGCCACCAUAUAUUUUUAAUUCAAGUAUAUAGGCAAUACGAUUAUUAGAGAAGCUGGCUGGCUGCCUUGGCCCUGACUUGAGAGAAAAACUAAACCAGCAGCCCAGGAACUGAGCCCCAGGGCAGGUGUUGAGGGUUCCUACUCCCUCCUCCCCGAGUCUCCCUUGAAAGCUGGAUUUGGCCCCUCCCUGUCAUCCCGUUUCCACGGCCAAGGCCCCUGGACACCCUUGUUUUAUGUGGGGGGAGGGGGGACGGUGGUACAGAGGGAGGAGCAGUGGGAACAGAGCAGCGCCCUUGCCGGUGCUCUCAGCCCGAAGACCUGGACCAUGUGGGUGGGCGCCCGGCGGCUUUCCGUCCAGGUCUGCUCCCCACAGCCCCGUCACCUGAUUUCUUUCACCUGCAAGGCUAGACGCCGCAGGGUCUUUCCCCAGGUCUCCUGGGGACGGGCCCCAUCUGCCCGAGAAAGGGACGGAUGCCCUUGACUUUCUGGGAGGGGUUGGUGCAAGGACUCGGCUCUCCGGGCUACCCAGCUGCGUAUCCGGCUGACGGGGUGGGAGCCGACACCCUGGAAACCCACUCCCUCUGUUUCCCACCCGCCCCCCAGUCCUCGCACCAUGUGCAGAGGCUGGUACAUCCUCAGUGUGUGUGUGUGCCCGUGAGUCAGUGGUUUGGUCUCCAGCAACCUGGGGGGAGAGUGAGCGGUUUCCCCAGGGCUCUUCCCCAGCCGUCUCUAGCUUUGCUGGAUGUGGGGAUCUCCGGACCCACAGAGAGGCUCCCUGAGGAAGGCGCCCUGUUGGGCUGAGGUGCUCUUGGCUCUGGCUCGGGGUUGAGCGGGUGGCCCUGGAGCUGCCCCCGGGGACCCGGGUGUGUCUUUUGAGUCUGUGCUGUUCCCUGGUAAGAAAAGCUCAAGCCGUCUACGUGCCGCCCUCGCUCAUCACCUGCCCCAUCCCUGUACACUGCAGAGUGGUGACAGGCUAAGGUAGGGCGAGCGAGGGAGACCCGGACCCGUGACCGCCCACUUUGCCUCCACCCCCGGUAAUAAAAAUCUGCCUCUUUGCUUUGGUUCAACCCUUAACGUGGGCUCCCCUGGUUCCUAAGAAACCCCCUUCUCCCUCAGCCUGACGCAGCAAAGAGUUGGGCAGUGCCCGCUCUGCACCUCUUUUCUCCACGGGGGGUUCCGAAGCCCCCCAGGAGGUGGUGCCCACACCACUGCCCUCAGCCCAGGGCACCCAUCCACGCAGGAGAGGCACGCAGACCUCCCUUCCCCAGGAUUCAGAGGGUCCCGGACCCCCCAAGCACCAGCAUUCUCCCCCUCCCAUCAACUCCAGGCCACAGGCCCCUGGUGGGAAGGGAGGGACCAGAUGAGCUAGAGCUGACCGCUGUGGCCUCCCUGUUCGGGCGGCAUGGCCUCGGUGACCAGCGUGGUGUCCAGAGAUGUAUGGUCCGUUGGGGCUUGGCCCGUCUGAGGUGACAGAGGAUGCCAGUGAGCUCAGGAGGGGAGGCUCUGGGGAGAUGGGAAGGGCUAGGCCCCUACCCCAAGCCAAGGGCACCAUUUGCCUGAUAAUCAAAGACGAACGUGCUCACCCACCACCAGCCCCUCCUGGCCACAGUUCCAGCCAGCCUGGGCCACCUUUCUGAGCCUCUGGAUCUGGCUGUAUGCACAAGCAGGGCCCUUCCCAGCCCAGCGGCGAGAGGGGAGCUUGGGACCUCCCAGGUGGUAGUGCUCCAGCCCUGUGACGGAGGAGUUUUUGAUGCCACUUCCUGAGUGAAAGUGGAUGGGGGUGGGGUAGGAGGGAGGCACCCCCAGUGUAUCUGUGCCCACGGUAAGCCAGGGCUGGGGGGCAGCCAGCCGGUCACUGCUGUCCCGGCCGCCGAGCGGAGCUUGGGGCAGGACGAUGGGGUCUCCCCGUGGUGGGAAGACAGGGGCUUUGGCUUUCCAGAUUUCCUGGAUAUUGUGCUGAGGCAGGAGCUAGGCCUGGAGGGGGCAGAAGCCCUCUGUUCAAAGAGGCCGCCUGGGACGGGAGCGACCAAGGGAGCGCGUGUGGGUCAACGAAGAUGGCAGGCGGUGGUCAGCCCAGCAGAGGGCAGGUUUGGGAAGAGUGGAUGGGACUUGAAGGGGAGUUGAGCCCUCGUUUAGCUGGAUACUUUUUCCUAUAUCCCAGCUCUUUUCCUUUCUUUCAUUUUCAAAUUAGAGGCAGCGAAAGGACCCUUUUCCGUAGACUAAGGGAGAAAGCUUUGGGGGGUGGGGUGGGGUGGGGGCGGAAACUACGGCCUUCAACUUUGAAACCCACACCCUCCUGGGCAGCCUGCUUUCUUGGGAGGGAAGGACGGGAGCUGUUGGCGGAGACAGCCUGCUACCUCUGGGGCUGAGGGCACCAGGAGUGGCUUAAAGGAGCCGUGGAAGCCUGUGGCCUGGACCGUGGCUUCUGUGGGCAGCCUGGUGGUGAGGGAGCUCGUGGCUCUUGGUUCUCGGGGCGGGGGUGGGGGGGGCAGGUACGAGGCAGGAAGUGCUGGGAGUCAGAGCAGUGUUCUGGGCAUGGCCACACGUUUGUGUAUACGCACACAUAAGUGUGAGCGUGUGUUGUGUCACACACACUAGUGUGUAUGUGAGCCCACACGUGCAGAGCCCAAACCCAAGUGACAGGACUGGCUCGUUCCGUAUGUCAGGGCCUGGGUACGUUCUUCCCUGAGGGCCACGUGGAGAGUUGAAGGGGUGGGGAGUGUCAGGCCUCGAACACGGGGCUGCCCCGCUCCCCUUGACUUUGUUAAAACGGCUUUGGAGAGGGGACAGCGGUGUCCCCACAGGGGCUCUGCUCUGCCCUGCAGAGGCCCCACGGUCCUUGCAGCCGGCCCCAAGGGCUCGACCUGCGGGAAGACGUCUCAGAAGCAGCCUGCCCCAAAGACAGUAUUUACAGGGCGAGGUUCUGGGGCCGGUGCCCCCUCGCCUACUGUGGCUCAUCCGCGAAGAGCAUCCAACAAAGCUGAAGGGGGGCAGGGGUGGGUGAGAAACAGGCCAAAUUCAGGUCCCAAGGCAGAGGCCAAGCCCAGCACACUUUCCUGUCCACGGCUGCAGUGUAUCUGUUCAGAAAGGAGUCCAGGAAGGGCGGGGCACGGUUGGCUCCAAAACUGGGGGUGUGGUUGCAGAGGGGUGGCUAACAGCAAACAAGACCCCAAGCCCUCCUCUUGCUCGUCGCCAAAAUCAUUUCCGUUACCCUGAACUGGGAGUGAGUGGAUGUUGGCUGCACAGCGGGGCUCAGAGGGGCCUCUGCCCUGCCCAGGGCCUCGCCGUGGGGGUCUGGCCCUCCCCUGGCGUGCCCCGGGUCACCAGCAGUAGCAGCGGCACUUAAUCUGUCCCAGGGUCUGGGCGAGGGGAGAACUGGGCAGCCCUGCACCCCGGGGCCCUCAUGCUUUCUUUCUUUCUUGAAGAAACACAAAACCUUCGAGAUUCAUGUACUGUAUGACAGAGAGAAAAAAAGUACCUAAUGUUCCCCAAAAAAAGACAGUAUAUUUUGUACUUUGUAAAGUGUUCAUUAAAAUGGAAGA